AUGACUGUCACACAAGGCGUUGGUCCCAAUGAGGCUGCGGCACCCGGUUCCAGUGGCAUCAAAGUGAUUAUCGUCGGGCUCGGGAUUGCUGGUCUAGUCGCUGCCAUUGAGUGCCAUUACAAGGGACAUGUGGUAGUUGGCCUUGAAAGAAGUCCGGAGAUUAGGGUACUAGAUAGUAUCGCCUUGGGAAGCAAUGCGACAAAAGUUCUACAAAAUUGGAGCGACGGUCAAGUCCUGCAUCAACUGGUCUCCCAAUCCGACGAUGUGGCCGCCAUUGAGAUUCUAGACCCUGCGGGAAAGCUGUACGCCCUGGAUUCCAUGGAUGGGUAUGGCGUGGGGGAGGGCAUGAUCAUCCACCGUGGAACAUUGAUCCAUAGAUUAUACGAGCAUUCCAAGGCCCUGGGAAUAGAUUUGCGCUUUGGCUCGGCCGUCACCGAGUACUGGGAGGACGAGCAUCAAGCUGGCGUGACUGUCAAUGGUGAGAAACGGAUCGCAGCCGACUGCGUCAUUGGCGCGGAUGGAGUGCACAGCAAGACACGAGAUUAUGUUCUGGGUUAUCAGAUAACUCCCCAACCCUCCGGGCUAGCAGCUUUCCGGGCGUGCUUCAGUGCCAGCUUGCUCGCGGAUGAUCCUGAGGCUCAGUGGAUCCUGGAGGAAGCGGGCGUGCAGGACCGGAUGCGAAGGUACAUAACGACCGGAGGUCUGGGGUUGACAUUGGCAACUGGAAAGCGCGGUCAGAAUGUGAUUUGGCAGGUGUGGCACCGGAACCAUGAGAAGUCUGAUGAAUCCUGGGAAAAUGUCACCGAUGCCCGCGUUGAGGACGCUCUCGCUCUACUAAAGGACUGGCCCGCUUACUCUCGAGUGGCUGCUGUUCUUCGACACACGCCCAGCGAAAAGCUCGCAGACUACAAGAUCAUCUCUCGUGAUCCAUUGCCGACCUGGAGUUCUCAAAAUGGGCGUAUCAUGGUCAUAGGCGAUGCAGCACACGCGAUGUCUGCGAUUGUAGGCCAGGGGGGUGGUCAGUCUGUCGAGGAUGCGGCUACCUUGGCCAUUUGUCUGGAGCUGGCAGGUAAACAACGAGUAAAACUCGCUCUCCAAGUGGUAGAGAAAAUUCGAUACCAGCGCACCAGCAUUAUUCAGGAGAGCGGUAAUGCAAUUUAUAGUCAGAUGCGUGAUCCGGACUGGGAGGCGAUUGAGAAGAAUCCAUCGAUUAUGAAGUUCCCACGUCCUGCGUGGAUCUUUGGCUACGACGUCCGCCAUGAUGUUUACGAGCAGUUUCCGGCUGCGAUGAGUGCGGUUCAGGAUGUGACGGGCUACCGACCAAAGAACAUUCCAUCGGACAGCAAGUACGAGGUGGCGUUCGAUUACAAGAAGUCAGUAGAAGCUUGA